AUGAGCAACAUCGUCGUUUCUUCUAAACCAAGCUCCACCACUUCGACAGCUGAUGCCGCUAUCUCUUCUGAUUCAAAUUCUCGGAGCAAACACGAUCAUCAACAUAGCCCCAGUAUGGAGCAUGGAGGAAUCAUAGACUUGCUGUGUACGAAUACAAGUAAUGAUUAUCGUCAUGAAGAGGAAAACGAAGAUGUUGAUUUGUUGUUGGGAGAAAACAUUAAACAUAAUAACGGAAGAAAUAGCUCGGUAAAGAGAAAGAAAACUCGUCUAACCGAUGCAGAAACAAAAAAGAGAAAAAUACAAUCAACGGAAAACAAUUAUGAAAGUGCUGAUGAUACUAGUAGUGAGCAUCAGGAAGAGUUUGAAAGAGGAAAUGCUACGAGUCCGAGUGAGCUGGACCUAAGCGAAAAAAAGAAGUCUCGUAGUGCGGCAAAUUCACCAUGUUUAAAAGACCACAAAUAUGUUCGAACCACGAAAACAUCUCCCAAAAACAAAACAGACUCUCUCAAACUAAUACAUUUAUCACUACCAGUAUAUAACGGCCAUCAUCACAAAAAUAGUAAUAAUUAUUCUAGCGACAAAACAAAAACAUACUCAUUAGAAUCAACAGGAACAAGCCAGUCCCAUGACGUGGUUGCUCCUAAAUCUAAGAAUCCUGAAGAGGAUACCCCCUCUUCAAGCAAAAUGGUUGUCAUUUCAAUUAUUUUUAUUUUCACAGCUCUUGUGUAUAUUAUGUUCAAGUACAAUCAAAUGCAUACGCAAAUUGAAUCCAUGGGCACUACUACAGCUCCAUUACCAGAAGAUCAAAGAAAAGUUUUUGAAAAUAUUCUUCAAAACCAAAUUUCAGACUCCCAAAAGCAAUUCUUAGAUUUGAUGAACAUCAAAUUAUCAGAUCUAGAAAAGAGAGUUAACAUUGAAUUUGAGAAAAAUAUGAACAAUAAUAUUUUGUCAAUUAAUAUGAAGAAUCAAAAGGAUUUGGAAAACAUUAAGGAUCUAGUACUGAACAAAAUAUUUUCAGAGAUCGACAAAGUGUUAGAAAACAGACUUGGCCCAAUCAUAGAAAGUCAUAGAGAAGAUGUUGUUAAACUUAAGGAGGAGAUAGACAAUAUUUUUCCUUCUGUGAAAUCAUUGAUCGAUGAUUCACUUUCCAAAUACGCUGCAGAUAAGAUUGGACUUGCUGAUUAUGCAUUGAGCUCGUUGGGUAGCAAAGUUGUCGAGCACUCUCCCACUUACAACCCCUCAUCAGGAUUUUGGCCUCUGUUUUCUUCUAUCAAACGGCCUGAUAUUAUUUUGACAACGGAUACAACGAUUGGAAAUUGCUGGCCCAUGAAAGGAGGUUCUGGAUUCGUAGUAAUUGAACUAGCUAGUCCUAUAAUACCAACAGCGUUUUCCAUCGACCAUGUUCCACGAUCAUUGACUCCUAAUUUCUCAUCAGCUCCUAGACAAUUUACUGUGUUUGCCUAUGAAAGUAGCACUUCUCUCGCAAAGUUGCACACGUUCGAGUAUGACAUUAAGGGUCCAGCGACACAAACAUUCUACAUUGUAGAAAAAGUUACGAGAAAGUAUCAGAGAUUUAGAUUCCAAAUUAGCUCUAACUAUGGAAACCAUCUCUAUACAUGUUUGUACAGAUUACGAAUUCACGGUGAGUCAGGAAAUUAUUUGCUCAAUUAA